AUGAUGAAGAAGAGAACAACAAAUCGCUUUGCAGCCGCGGCUGGAUUAGCCCAGAUGGAGGUCCCUUCUGAGUUCGACACAAGCUCGUGGGAGAUCUUGUCGCCGCAGCCCCCUGGGGCUGCCCUAUCGGAUCCCUUCGACUGGCCCUCCGCAUCCUCUGUCUUAUCAUCGCCGUACGCUGGCCCACCUACUGGUGAAGGGGAAUCGACCAUCCGCCAACAACUACGUAAAACACGUGUUUGUAAGCACUUCCUCAAGGGUCGUUGUCACUACGGUGCCUCCUGUACUUUUGCUCAUUAUGACAGUGAGCUCUUCAAAAAGCCCAACUUGGCCAGGACUAAGAUGUGUACCAAACCCCAGUGUAACGACCCCGAGUGUACCUAUGCACAUUCUUUGGAGGAACUAAGACAGCCAGGUGAGGCUUCUGAUAUGGACACUGCCCGGGUUGACAUGCAGCAUGAGAAAGUGCUUGGUGAGCAGCGGGCUUUGUUGACGGUCCAUGGCCUCAUGGCGCAGACUGGUGAUGGUGCUACUGAGGGUCUUAGCCCUGGAAUUCUCCCGAGUCCCUCCCUACUCCCCACACCACCGACAGGGUACACUAUGGGUGCUCCCUUUGGGAACCCUAGGCGGAGGAGUGGUCAUUCUCCAAUUGAUGGGUCGCGCUCUCGAAGUAGCCUCAAGAUAUCUACCCUUCAUGCGUUGGCGACUAAAAACGAGGAGCUUCGAAGACAAGUGGAAAUGAGUAACGUGGCUCUCGCCCAUCUACUGCAGGUGGCCACAGCUCAAGCAGUUCCGGAAACUCCCUUCGUGACGGUGACGCCGCCAUCGAAUGUGUUUUCGCAGCAACAACAAGAACGAGACGGGACGACGCCUCCUCCUUCGGACAUGGAGGGAAGCAAUGUAUCCGCCAAUGCGGGUACGCCUGUGGCGGUUGAUGACAGCAGUGGUAUGGAAGACCUCGACGCGGAUGCCUUGUCCCAGUUGUUGGCCAGCAUAUCGGUAGAUAGUGCGAAUUGCCAGUGGGAUUCUAAUGAGGGGGUUGCCCCUACGGUCAACGUCAUGCCCGCGCCGAAUGACUCGGUUGGUGUAGGGGAGUCUGAGAAGGUGUCUUCUGUCGAGAAGAAGUGAUGAUAUGUUUACUAACUCGCGCCAGCCCGUUGACUCGGACAUGCGUUGUCUCUCACUGCAGAAUUAUAGUAAGUUGAAUAGCAGCGGUAUUGACGUUCCAUCGUAGUUGUGAAGUAUUUGAUUAAAUGAUAUAUUUUCAAUGGUCGAUCGAUAUGGUGGUAUUGGUCGUCCUCCAUUGGUAGUUGUUGAUAUUAUCACUAGUCUGGCUCCUGACGACUGAUUUGCAUUGGAGCCAGUACUAUGAGGAGACCAAUGGUUUAGUAUUUUGUACUUAGUUGGAUAGGAGCUCCUCAAUACUUGUCUUCUAUUUUAGUACUGUUCUGCGGUGGUUGGCGCGGUCGUUGUAGUCGAAAAAGAGGUAGAUAUUUGUAUAAUCGUGUUUAAUAUCGGAGACUAACUUUCGGGUCUAUCUGAUAUGAGUAAUUGUAAUAUGAAUAGUGCUAAGGGCACUCCUUCCACUACGCCGCCACGAACGUACAUAAGAUUAUUGAAGUAGGCAAAUGGGCAGGAGGUCUUUCAUUUCGCAAGCGCGGGAGAGUUACUAUGAAACAGUCGUGGUAAUUUUGUGUUCCCAAUAUGCUGAUGUUAUUAUUCAACGUUUUGAUGAGUAUGAGCAGAGCGGCUAUUUGCAGCGCAAAGACUCCAAAGCCGCAUAAUGGCACUCCUGUUCACUCUUCCAAUUCUGGAUGUGUAUGCGAAACAAAGGUGAUCUUGUCUACUGCGACGUUGUUUCGUGACGUUAUAGUGUCGGCUUGGCGCGAAAUUUAACUGUAAUUAU